AAUUGUUGGAAUUAUUGUACAUAAGUUAUCCCAUAUUUACUCUGAGUGUUUAUGUAUCUAUUAAUCUCCAGGUAGGCCAAUGUGCAACAGUAUAUGUCUGUAGAGUUGGUUUGCAGGAAGGAGAAGUGGAGAGACGUGAUUUCAUCCCGGAGCCAUCGGUGACAUGCAGGAAGUGCGUCUCCCCACAGAAAUAAGACUGAAGACGGAGCAUACAGUCCUGAGGACAAGGUCGAAGUGAUUAAACACGUACCAAGAAGAAGAUAAUGCUUGUAUCAUUUAAAAAGUUGCAGCUAUGUAUUCCCCUCCCAUUAGUGCUGCAACUUUUGCUGUAACCAGGAACCUCCCUAAAGAAAUAAAGAGAGGGUACGGCAAGGUCGCUGAACCUGACAUUUACUUGGUCCUUCGAGCUGGAUUCCAACACGCCUGAGGAUUCCAGCAGGUGCGGUGAUAUCCAGGAAAGACCGUGGCCACGGCAGAACUCUAUUAGAGAGAGUUUUCUCAGACCCUUUCCGGGACUGGAGAUCGGCCUGCCAUCUGGGAUCCGACGGCUGACGGUAGUCCGUGAAGGGGAAAGACAACAGUGCAGGAAAUCCAAUUAGUGGAACCAGGAGACUGGGUGCUAAUCAGAAGCAUGAAGAAGAAAAAGUGGGAAUCUCCUAAAUGGGAAGGCCCAUAUCAGGUAUUACUUACGACUCCCACCGCUGUAAAAAUAGCAGAGAGAUCGACGUGGAUUCAUCUAACACACUGUAAAAAGGUCAUUUCGGCUGAAAGCUCUGAUAGGGGAAGUGAGCCAAAGCCUGAUAAUAAGGUGGAUCCAGACGUUUAGAGACUGGGUAAACCUGAAAGUCAGUGAAGCUGUUAAAAGACACCGACCCAAGUAGAAGAGAUAAUUUCAGCAAAAAUGACUCAGAAAUGGUUAAACCACACCAUCCGGUGUUGGGUGGUGUCAAUUUUUUUUAAUAAUUAUGAUCCUGUUCAUGUGGUAGCUGUGGGAGCCACCUAAAAGAAAACUAAAUGUAACACUGCCAGCUGUGGACCACAUUAAACGCAAGGGCAGUGAGAACAGAACACCCCUCUGUCAGGAACAGACCUCCUAUAAAUUCGGAAUCCAGAUAUGUGUACCAUCCAAAUCCAGUGUCUCAGUGACCAUUCCUUUCUCCAGCCUCACCGAACGCUCCCUGAAAGGACAGGAUUAUGAAAAAAUACAUGGUAUCUUACGAAUGAUCAACAAAUGACAAAAUGGUUAACCUUAGUAGCGGAUGAGGGUAACGUGUGGACACCCAGCUGGGGUACCACGAAUCAUGCCAAACAUCAGAAAUCAUUGUUUAAUCUAACACGAACUGCUGCUGGAAUAAUGCUAACGGUUAACCUGACAGCCAAGUCUCUAUUUCCAGACUCUGAAACUCCUAUCUCGGUUCCUGCAAACAGUGGGAGAUUCGACCACAGAUGUUGGGGCUUCCUCCUGUGGGCUCAUACUUCAGGGACAGAUCCAAAAUUCAAAGUUAUGAUAUGUGAGGAUAAUCAUGUUAAUGCCACUGAGCCUUCUUUGUCCUCAACGUCAUUAGCAAAAGGAGUGAGAGUGAUAAACACAAACUUAACUGUAGAUGAAUGGUUCCAAGUGACAACAGGAAUAUCAGGACAAAUUAAUAAUUGGCUGUUGAUGGUGGAGCAGGCUGCAAACAUGACAAUGCAAGAUUGUGUUGUAUGUAUGGGCCCCAGACCUUUACUACAAAUAAUUCCGUCAACUAUUCCACAACUGUGUGUUACUGACGUGAUGAGCAACACGAAUCCAAAUAGUGAUUGCGCGGAGUGGGAUUUUGUAUUUCCAGUAAAGACUGCCAACAAAAACAAACCAUUGUUUUCUAAAAAGGUUGCGCCAGGUAACUUUACAUGCAUCAAUAUGACUAAAGGUAAAGAACGAUUAGGAAAUCUCUCAAAAGAAUGGUGCCAGGAGAUAAUACCUGUAGACGGCCGCUUUAAAACCAUAGCUAGAGGCGACAUCUGGUGGUGGUGUGGGGAUGACAGACUGUUUGACAAAUUACCAAAGAAUGCAACAGGAUACUGUGCGCUCAUAACUCUCUUACUGCCAGUAUCCAUUCACCCCAUGUCCGCAGUAGAUAUAGCGACUAGAUUAUAUAGCAUUAUGCCACAACAAUGGCAACAUAAGAAAAGGUCUCUAGCCUGGCAGGGUGCAGGUGAUCCGACAUACAUUGACGCCAGCGGGAUUCCACGUGGUGUUCCAGACGAAUACAAAUUGGCUAAUCAGAUAGCAGCAGGAUUUGAGUCUUCAAUUUGUUGGUGGUGUACAAUUAACAAGAACAUAGACAGGAUCAAUUACGUCCACUACAACAUACAAAAACUGGGAAAUUGGACACAGAGAGGUUUCGAGGCAGUCCACGAUCAGCUGGCUGCGACUUCCCUCAUGGCUUUCCAGAAUUGAAUAGCCCUGGACAUGCUAUUGGCUGAAAGGGGAGGUGUUUGUGCUGUGUUUGGUGAACAGUGUUGCACAUUUAUCCCUAAUAACACUGCCGCUGAUGGCAGUCUCACAAAGGCCAUAGAGGGGCUCCGAACACUCAACGGAAAGAUGAAAGAACACUCCGGAAUUGAUACCACAAUGUGGGAUUCCUGGAUGAAUGCCUUUGGGAAGUAUAGAGCCCUUGUGUCCUCUGUUCUUGUUUCCAUAGCAGUAUUUGCUGCAAUUCUAACCUUGUGUGGAUGUUGUUGUGUGCCCUGUCUGCGUGCCUUGCUUAACCGUCUCAUCACCACAGCUAUCUCACCUAUGGAAAACAAAAUGGCGUAAAUGUAUCCCCUGCUCGGCAGCAAUCCUCAGAGUGAUGACGGGGGCAGUGAUGACGAAGAGGAGCCAAGCUUUUCCCUGCCUGACCUGUACCCCGAGCCUGCUGAAUACGACUCCAACUGUUAAGUACCUCUGAGUGUAAAUGUGAUUGUGCUCAUAAAAAUGACCUUACAGCUGAAAAUCUAACUGAAGUGGCUGUUCCAAAGUGAAAUGAGAAUUUGAGCAAAUAUGUGAUAAACAGGAGGGAAAUGUUGGAAUUAUUGUACAUAAGUUAUCCCAUAUUUACUCUGAGUGUUUAUGUAUCUAUUAAUCUCCAGGUAGGCCAAUGUGCAACAGUAUAUGUCUGUAGAGUUGUUUUGCAGGAAGGAGAAGUGGAGAGACGUGAUUUCAUCCCGGAGCCAUCGGUGACAUGCAGGAAGUGCGUCUCCCCACAGAAAUAAGACUGAAGACAGAGCAUACAGUCCUGAGGACAAGGUCGAAGUGAUUAAACACGUACCAAGAAGAAGAUAAUGCUUGUAUCAUUUGAAAAGUUGCAGCUAUGUAUUCCCCUCCCCAUUAGUGCAGCAACUUUUGCUGUAACCAGGAAUCUCUUUUGGCUUAGAUGGGCUGAAAAAUAACAUAAUCUACCUGUAACUUAGUGUAAUAUAGUACAAUCAGCAUCAGUAAAUUGACAGUGUGCUUAGAAAUCAGUAUCAUCAGUUGGUUCUAUCUGCUCUAG